AUGACAGUAUCCCCUCCGCACUACGGUAUUUGGAAAGGGAAUGGCGAAACAGUAUUAUACAGUAAAUAUGAUUAUGACACGAUAUAUUGGAUUGAAUCGCUGUGGGAUGAUAAACAGGUUCACACGUUUUUCAAAAAUCAUUGGUUCAAAUCGGUUUAUUUAUCGAUUGGUUAUGUGAUUUUGAUCAAUUUGUUGCAGAAAUUUAUGGAAUCCAGGAAACCGAUGAAGUUUGUUGGAUUUUGGGGAGGGAAAUUGGGCUAGGCCCGAAAGGGGCCUAAAAAAUUGGGAUUUUUUGAAUAUAAAUUUGUAUUAGUCUAUAGAAAUUUGAAGCCCAAGAUUGAGCCCGAAAGCCUAGUAUCAAAAUUUCUGGAUAAAAAGCCUAGGGUUAGAAAUUUGAAAAUUAGCUGAGGCCUAGGCCUGAAAAAUCCAGUCUAAAAGAGCCUGGGCCCAAAAAAUCUGAAUUUUUAGAGUUCAAAUUUGGAUUAGGCUUAAGCCUAACCUAAACCUGGGCCCGAAAAAGCCUGGUCUUUCUGGAUUUUUUGAGUGUAAAUAGGCCUAGGCCCGAAAUGAGCCUGAGCUCUCUGAAUUUUUCAAAUAUAAUUAGGCCAUAGAAUGACAGAAGCCUAGACUAGGCCCGAAAAAUCGGGAAAAAACAGUUUAGCAUGAGGAUAGGCCUGGCCUAAUUGAAAAUGGGCCUGGGCUUGCAAAUUUCUGGAUUUUUUGAGUGUAAAUAGGCCUAGGCCCACAAAAUUCCAGUCUAAAAGAGUCUGGGCUCGAAAAAUCACUGGAUAAAAAGUCUAGGCCUGAAAAUUAGAGAAACCUAAACCUCAGAUUAGGCCUGGCCUGGUAAUCUGAGGCCUAGGCCCGCAAAAUCCAGUUAUUUUGGAUCAGGCCUAAAAACAGGCCUAAACAAAUCUAGAUUUUCGGUACUGGCCCAAGAAAUCUGAAUGUUUUAAAUCUUAAAAUUGAGCCCGGGCUUCAGAAAUCUGAAUCUAUAUAUCCGGAAAAUUGUUAAAAUUUUGGCCCAGAAGCCCGUGGCCAAAAUUUCAACAAUUCUAGGCCUAAGCCCGAUUCAGGCCCAAAAAUUUCCCAAUGACAAUUUUUCUUUUUUUUUCCUCCAUAAAAAUCCACUGUUUCAAAAUUCCUAUGUAUUUUUUCUCAAAUUUCUCACGCUAAUUUUUCAAUCCUGUGAUAUUCAAAAAUCCACGUGGCAUAAUUUUGGUGCCGAAUUCAAAAAAAAAAAAAGAAAAAAUUCCAGUAUUCGUCCACUUCUUUUGUUCUGGAAUGGUGGUUUGGCGAUUUUCAGUAUUGUCGGCACUUUUCGAUUCGGAAUCGAGUUUUAUGACGCGGUAUUUAGAAAGUGAGUACUGUAGAGGGGGUACUGUAGGGAUCUACAGUACCCCUGGAAUUUUUAUACUGUAUCUAGACUACCGUACCCCAUUUCCAGAGGUCCCUAUGAUUCAAUAUGCUUCGCCAUCAAUCCAUAUUCACCGGCUGCAUUCUGGGGAUGCAUGUUUGCUCUAUCGAAAAUUGCGGAAUUUGGGGAUACUGUAUUUCUAGUGCUACGAAAACGUCCCGUCAUAUUCUUGCAUUGGUAUCAUCACGCUGUUGUGCUGGUUUUGGCCUGGCAUGCUGGUAAGAUUCGGGGAAAAAAUAAAAAAGUUUCGCCGGCAGGAGGUCUCGAACCCGGGUCGUGCGCAUGAUAGGCAAAAGCGCAACCAGCUGACCUAUAUCUAUCUUUUUUGAUAAGGGGGAAAAUGUUGGUGAAAAGGAGGGAGCUGCUUUUUUCAAGCAAGCCUGAAUUUUUGACCUCAGCGAGACUUUUUUUUUGUAAAAAAUUUUUCAAAUCAAAACACAAAGUUCAAAGGAUUAUCCUCAAUUCUUAAGUAAAAAGGUCAAAAUUUCACUUUUUCCUAAAAAAAAACUUUGGUUUUUUGAAUUUGCAAAAUUUAAUCACUGAAAAUCUGGAAAGAAAAACCGGUUAGGCUUCAUCUUAUUAUUUUUUCACGUCAUUCUAAAUAGAAAAAAGGUUGAUAAGCAAUUAUAAUUAAUUAAUUAAUCAAGGAACAAGGUAUACACAUCAUGAUUGUUUUAUUGGGCGGAAAAGGGGAUUUUUAGGCCCUAAGUUUGGGCCUGAAAUUCGGGCCUUUUGAGUCCAAACUCGGGCUGGGAUUUCUGGAUUUUAGGGCUUGAGUUUGAACUGCAAUUAUCGAUUUUUUGGACCUAUAUUCAACUUGAAAUUCCACGAUUUUAAGCCUGAAUUUGGCCUGAAAUUCUAGGACUUUUGGGGGCAUUGCUCAUAUUAAACCUAAUUUUAUCUCAAAAAUAAUUCGAAAUUCAAAUUUUUGCGCGAAAUUUCCACAAAUGUAUUCGAUGUUUUAUCAAAUGUCUAGUUUCGGAUAUUAUUUUUCACUUUUUCUCUCCGAAAUUCUCAUUUUCGCAUCAAAAACCAACCGGUUGGCAUUGGAAACACACGCUUUUUGUUUUGUUUUGUAUUCUCCUCAUCCAGAAUUGGAUAACACAUAAAAUGAGAGAGGAAAAACUGCCAUGGUGACAACUUUAGUCUUUUGUGUUCCGGUGGACAGGGGAUUUUUCAACGAAAAAAAAAAAAAAAAAAAAAUUUUGCCGGGAGGUGGAUUCGAACCGGGGUCGUAUGUGUGGCAGGCAAAAGCGCAACCAGCUGAGCUAUGUCUAUCUUCUCUCACGAGGGGGAAAAUGUUGGUGAAAAGGAGGAGGCUGUUGCGAACAUGAACUUUUGAACUUUUGAUCUCAGAAACCUUAACUUAUCUCCGUAGAAAUGUAGUUAGUCGAACUAGAGAAGUUCGCCUAACUAGAAAAUUUAAAAAAAAAUGUGAUUUUUGAUCUCUAGCACCGAUUUUUGCAGCCGUCGAAGUCACAGCCGCUGGAAGAUGGUUCAUUUUCAUGAACUAUUUCGUUCAUUCACUGAUGUAUACUUAUUAUGCGAUUACUAGUGUUGGAUAUCGAUUGCCGAAAAUUGUUUCAAUGUGAGUUGGGUGGAAAUCGGGCAUUUUUUGACACCAAAUAUGCCUUGGUUUGAUUUGAGGAUUUUUUGAAACAGUGAAGUUUUUGGAAAUCUAAUUCCACGUGGAAUGCACUUUUAGGGCAUUUUUUGAAAGCCAAAUUGAAAGAAAUCAUUUUCUGAGAAUUCACCAGAAAUUUUGUGAAAUUUUUGAAACAGUGAAUUUUUUUUGAGAAUUUUCGAAAUUUUCAAUGGACUGAAAAAUUCAUUUAAAAACUUUGAAACAGUUUUUUUUUCGUAAAUCGAACUCUUGAAAUAUGUAAUUCCACGUGGAAUGCAUUUUUUGAGGUCAAUUUUUGAAAACCAAAAUGUUAAAUUAAUCAUUUUCUGAAAAUUCACCGAAAAAUUUAUGAAAUUUUUGAAACAGUAAAAUUGAUCUGUCACCACAAAACACUAGGUGUGUCAUUCUUCUUCAUAAUUUUGUGAAUAUUUUGAAACAGUGAAAAUUUCUGAAGUUCAUGGUGUCGAAAAAAACCUCACAAUUGUUGGAAAAUUAAUUUUUGAAAAUUUCAAAUAAUUUUUGAAACAGUGAAAUUUUUUCGAAAAUAUUUUCGGACAUUUUUUUGAAAGCCAAAUUAGAAAAAAAACAGCAUUUUCUGAAAAUUCACCAGAAAAUUUAUGAAAUUUUUGAAACAGUGAAUGUUUUUGGGACUUUUAAAAAAAUUUCAAUGUACUGAAAAAUUCAUUUUAACUUUCAAACAGUAUUUUUUUCUAAAUCUAAGUCUUGAAGUAUGAAAUUCCACGUGAAAUGCAUUUUUUGAGUCAAUUUUUGAAUUCCAUAAUCAAAAAAAAAUCAUUUUCUGAGAAUUCACCAGAAAAUUUGUGAAAUUUUUGAAACAGUAUUUUUUCCUAUAUCUAAGUCUUGAAGUAUGAAAUUCCACGUGGCGUAUAUUUUUGAAUCAAUUUUUGAAAGCCAAAUUAGAAAAGUAAUCAUUUUCUGAGAAAUCAUCUAAAAAUUCAUGAAAUUUUUGAAACAGUGAAAUUUUUAGAAAUAAUAUUUUUGGGAGUUUUUUGUUGUUGGUAAAAUAAAAAAAAACAUUUUCUGAGAAUUCUUCUCCAAAUUUGUGAAUUAUUUGAAACAGUGAAUUUUUUUGGAGUAGAUUUUUGUGAUUUCGAGGAAAAAUCAUACAAUUGUUGGUAAAUUAAAUUUUGAAAAAUUCAAACAAUUUUUGAAACAAUGAACUUUUUUCGAAAAAAUAUUUUUUUGCAGUUAGAAAACUAAAAAAAUCAUUUUCUAAGAAUUCAUCAAAUAAUUUGUGAAUUAUUUGAAACAUUGAAUUUUUUGGAGUAGAUUUUUGUGAUAUCGAAAGAUACAGGGUGGCUGAUAAGUAUACAACGCUGUGUUUUAAGUUGUAAGUUGUAACAUGUUCCAGUACACAUCUGAUGAAAAUUCAUCAUUUUGAAUUCCUGGAGAACCUUCGAAGUUAAAACUCAAAAAAUCACUUUUUCCCUAUUUUUCCGAAAAAAAAUUUUUUUUCAAAAUACUUGAAAUUCUGCGGAUUUUCAAAAUAUUUUCCUGUUGGAUAGAAUAAAAAAAGAUGUUUGAGAAAUACAAACUAACGAUUCCAAUUGUUAGUCCGAAAUUUUCGGAUAAAAUGUGAAAUUUUUCGAAAAAUGAAGAUGUCUAGCAAAUUUCGAUAGUUAUAACGGUCAGAAUUUUCAAAACGUGAUGUUAUGAUUGUAAUGGGUUGAGAACAUCAUAUUUGUUCAUAUUCAGAAAGUUGAGAUCUCAUUUUAAGCUCUAGCUCUUAUCACAGUACGCUAAACUGUCAACACUCAAAAAACAACAGUUUCGCGGCGCACACCAAUUCCGAUUUUCUGAAAAGGUGCUCUUGAACUGAAUUUUUUUUGAAUAAGGUUUAUGAAUGCUGGAAGUAGAACAUAACGUCUAAAAAGUGUGUCUGGUUGUAUAUAACUGAUUUCUUCGUUUUUCACAAAGUUCUGAUAGAGGAAAGUUGGCCUAAAAUCAAUGUAAAAUGGACCUUUUUCAGCUCAAAUCACCAAUACACACCCAGAAAUUAACUUUUCUUAAAACACUCUCACAUUAGCUUUCUAGACUCAUUGGACUAUCCGAUCAACACUUAACAUAAGAAAAAUGACAAUCGGGGGCUUUCUGGGAAAGGCUUGAAAAACGUUGUAUACUUAUCAGCCACCCUGUAUGCCAACAUGAAAAAAAAUCAUUUGCUGAGAAUUCACCGAAAAAUGUAUUACAUGUUUAAAACAGUGAAUUUUUUUUUGAGAAUUUUUAAAAUUUUCAAUGUACUGAAAAAUUCUUUUAAAAACUUUGAAACAGUGAAUUUUUUUUCCUAUAUCUAAGUCUUGAAAUAUGAAAUUCCACGUGGAAUGCAUUUUUGAGUCAAUUUUUGAAAACCAGAAUGUUACAUUAAUCAUUUUCUGAGAAUUCACCGAAAAAUUUAUGAAUUCUUUGAAACAGUGAAUUUUUUGGGCUAGAUUUUUUCGCAAGUGCACAGAUAAUAUUGUUGGAAAAUUAAAUUUUGAAAAAUUCAUAAAAUUUUUGAAACAGUGAAUUUUUUUCGGAAAUAUUUUCGGGCAUUUUUUAAAUUCCAUGAAGAGAAAUAAAAUCAUUUUCCGAGAAUUCAUCAAAAAAUUUGUGAAAUUUUUGAAACAGUGGCUUUUUUUUGAAGAAUUUUUUGAAAUUUUCAAUUCACUGUAAAAUUCAUUUUAAAAAACUUUGAAACUGUAAACUUUCGUAAAUCUAUCUCUUGAAGUAUGAAAUUCCACGUGGCGUAUAUGUUUGAGUUAAUUUUUGAUGGCCAAUUAGAAAAAAAAAUCAUUUUCUGAGAAUUCACCGAAAAAUUUCUGAAUUUUUUGAAACAGCGAUUUUUUGGGGUAGAUUUUUGCAAUCGAGAGAAAAACCUCACAAUUGUUGGAAAAUUAAUUUUUUGAAACAGUGAAUUUUUUUCGGAAAUGUUUUUGGGAACAAUGAAGUUAACAAUCAUUUUCUGAGAAUUCACCAGAAAAUUUAUGAAAUUUUUGAAACAGUGAAUUUUUAAAAUUUUCAAUGCACUGAAAAAUUCAUUUAAAAACUUUGAAACAGUAUUUUUUCGUAAAUCUAACUUGAAAUAUGAAAUUUCACGUGGUGUAUCUUUCGAAUCAUCUUCCGAAUUCCAUAAUAAAAAAAAUCAUUUUCUGAGAAUUCACCGAAAAAUUUAUGAAUUCUUUGAAACAGUGAAUUUUUUUGAAGUAGAUUUUUUCGCAAUUGCACAAAAAAAAUAUUGUUGGAAAAUUAAAUGUUGAAAAAUUAAAACAAUUUUUGAAACAGUGAUUUUUUUUUUCGAAAAAAAUUUUUUAGGAAAAAAUUUUUAAGGCCUAGCCUUAUUUGGUUUCAAAAAGUUCAGAUUUGUCAGGCUUAAUUUCAAGCCUAAGCCUAAGCCUGAAUCUGGGCUUAUUUGGAUUCAAAAAUCCCCGAAUUUCAAGCCCAGGCUUAUGUUAUAUCAAAAAAUUCCAAAUUUCAGGCUUUGGCCUAAACAUAGGCUUAUUUAGUCUCAAAAAAUGCCCAAUUUCAGGCCUCGGCCUAAACUUAGGCUUAUUUAGUCUCAAAAAAUGCCCAAUUUCAGGCCUAAGCCUAAAUCCAGGCUCAUUUAGUCUCAAAAAAUGCCCAAUUUUCAGGACCGUCACAGCUCUCCAAACAGUUCAAAUGUUCAUCGGCGUCGGAAUCUCAAUACUCGUCCUAAUCAUCAAAUUAAACGGUCAACUAUGUCAACAAUCCUACGAUAAUUUGGCUCUAAGUUUCGCCAUAUAUGCCUCAUUUUUGGUGCUUUUCUCCAAUUUCUUCAACAAUGCUUAUUUGGUCAAAAAACCGAAAAAAGAAUAA